AUGGAACCUUCAGCGGAAGCUGGUCCCUCGCGACUAUCUCCUCGUUUGUCAUCUCCAAUAGCGACCACAUCAUCUGCCGACAUCGUAAUGGAGGACUUGUCGACUUCAGCUCCCUUGGAUGAGAUACAGCCAGUUGGAGGAGAACCAGAUGACGCUGUGGCGUUAUUACUUAAUAUAGCAGCAUCGAUGGAUGGACCAUCUACAUUACCUCCUAAACCCGAAUCGAUGGAGAUGAUAAUGGAUGAACAAACAUCGUUGACAGAAAAGCCAAUAACGAUACCUCCAGAUACGCAUAAUUAUCCUUAUACACCACCGGAAGACUCAAAUGAUCAAACCCAAAGUCAGACACACCACCAUGAUCUAAAUCAAGAUCAAGAUCCAUCUACAACAAUACCACCUCCUUUUGCUUCUCUCACAAACCCUAUACCAUCCACUUCCAUAUCCACUUCCAUACAUGCAGAUACACCUUCACCUUCAGCUCGUCCUCCUACACCGUCACGUACAAGUCCAGAUCCACCUACGAAACCUAAAGGAAAGCGAAAGCGAAAUACUACCGUUGGAUCGUCACGUCGAGCAUCGGUCGAACGUCCACCGCAUUGGUUAGGGGAAGAUAACACUAUUAUUAGAUGUAUAUGCGGAAUAACGGAAGAUGAUGGAUUCACUAUACAAUGUGAAGGAUGCGGGUCAUGGGAACAUGGAUUAUGUUUCAAUUACAUGGAUGAAGCGUCCGCGCCAGAUCAGUAUUUUUGUGAGCUGUGCAAACCUCGACCGUUCGACGCUGUCAAAGCAAGAGAACUGCAGCACAUGGUACAAGACGAACAAAGAAGAGUGAGAGAAGCAGCUAUUGUGCAAGGAGCACCGAUAGCGGAGAAAGAGAAGCCAAGGAAUAAGAAUGCAAAAUCAAAGAGGGCUAGGUUAGAAAGUGUAUUGAUCGAAAAUCAAUCGGAAAAUAGAGAUGGAGGUGGUAAAGAAGAAUCUCCAGGCGUCAUGGGUCCACCGCCGACGAUAAAACCAAAACGCAAACAACCAGGUCCAAAACCUCGUAUCAAGCAACCUACCAUGGAUUCGACACCUGGUCCAUCUUCUAAAGAACAAGUUCAACAGAUCCAACCGAUUCUCGAAGAACCAGAAGACGAGUAUUUCCGCGUAGAACCUUGGGCUUUGGAAUACACACCAAUCAAGGAGAAUAUCGUCCGUGGUAUCGCCGCAAGACAAACAAUGAGGAAUGUUUACAAGGAAUGGGUAGACGCUGAAGAAGAAUUAAUUGCUGCGAAAAGUAGAGCAGUGCAUAAUCCUUCUGGUUUACCUUCACCUACUGAAAGCGGCGUAUUACGCUUAUCGCCAGACAACCUCUUCCCUCCGCCUGAUUUUCACAUCUUAGCUCCUCCUGUUCCACCUGUCUUCCUUUCGGGUCCCGAUCUUGAAUUACUCGCUUCUCCAACAUCGAUACAAGCAGUUGAAGACGCUCCCUCGUUUUUACCUCUUACCUACGCGGAGAACAUAUCAAAGCAUGGAGUGUACACCAGACCGACAAUCUACAGUGUAUAUGCCGAGGAACCAAUCACGUUUGGAUCAUUCAUAGGUGAAUUCAAAGGAGAGGUUGUCGAUUGUGAAUCUUAUCGAAAAGAUCCAAUCAAUCAAUACUCAUCACUUGGAUUGCCGAAACCGCACGUUAGAAGUAUUGGUCCACCUGUCAAUCUGAUGAUCGAUGCUAGGGGGUAUGGGAAUGAUUUGCGAUUUGUCAGAAGUGGUUGUCAUCCAAAUGCCGUUCUUCGACCUUUAUUAUGGAGAAGUUCGGAACAUGAAUCACCCAAAUUGAAACUCGGACUUUUCGCUUCGAAAGACAUUGGUAAAAGAGAUGAAGUGGUUUUGGGUUGGGAAUGGGACGAUCAACAUGUUGUUCAUUCGUUAAGAUCAAUCAUCCAUGCGGCAAUGCUGUCUGAUGGUUCAUUGGCUUCACCUAGUUUUUCAACAUCUUCAAACAAAAUUAUUAAUCAGCUUUCAGACAAAAUCGACUCUGUUCUCACUCAUAUCUUCGGAACUUUCACUUCUUGUGCUUGUGUGGUCCCAGGAACAUGCGCCUUAGCUCAAAUGGGCCAACUUGUAGAACCAAAAUUGAUGCAAGGACAAAAUCAAUCUCGUGAAAAUGGUAGAAAGAAGAUGAGAGUUGACCUGGGUGAAUUAGUUGGAGCCGUAAGAGGUUGGAGAAGAAGGGAGUUGGAGAGCGCUGAAAUGAAGAAAUGGAGGUCGUCAAAAGGUUUCGAUCUGGGGUUGAUCCGGAUGAGCUCGAGGACUUCCGAAGCUCGAUCGGAGGAUCAUCGACAGGAUGAAGAUAGCUCUGAUCGUGUAGGUGAAGACUCAAUGGAUCAAGAUGUUGAAGAAGAAGACGAGACUGAGAAUGAGAAUUCCGAACAAAGGGAAGCGGAGGGACCGAUUAGGUUGGGGAAUCUAGGAGUAGCAGAAGUUCGCAUGGAAGUGGAAGAAGAAGCAGCACCUCCAUCAGAUCCCGUAACGGAGACUGAACUCGUUUCUGUGCCGCUUCCAUCUGCAGCUCUGACUACUCAACAACUUGUCGAAGGAUCCUCGCCCCUUACUCAAACAGUGAAGAUUUCAACUCCAAUCAAGACCAACGCCAAUGAUAUCGUUUCGCCGAUCCUGAAAACUCAUACUCCAGCUUCGCUCUCACCGAAAACUCCAAAGGUCGAAAGACAGAAUUCAUCUUCAUCGCUAUCGUCCGCAAUAUCAUCUGUUAAACCUUCCUUAAUCAAUGGCGCUGACUCUGGCUCUGCUUCUGGUUCGGACUCAGAAUCAGACGCGACGACAGCUACGAUACCGAGAUCUCAUUUCUCGGAAUCAGAGUCCGAGAUGACAGAAGAAGAUGAAGAAGAUCAAGCAGCUCAAUCUUCACCUAGUAAACGUCAAAAGGUCAAUGUGCUCGUGGCUGCUCGUAAAUCUCGUAGGGUACUUUCACCCGUCAUUGAAUCCUCGAAAAUACUGAAUGGAGACAGAGAAAGAGAUCAUGAAUUGUCAGAUGAUGAUAGGGAUGAAAUGGUAAUCAAGAAGCCUAUCAAGAGAAAAUCGAAGAUUAUCAAAAGUAGUCCACCUAAGUCAAUUUCGAAAAGGAGAAACGCCCCCUCCAAGGUAAGACAUAUUUUUGCCCCGACAGCGAAGCGAGAGGAUUUUGAAACACACUUUGCCAAGAAAAACGCUACUAGAAGGAUUGCAUCCGAAUCUGCAUCUGAGUCUGAUAUUGGUGCCGAUGUGCCAUCCGAUCAAGAUCAAAAACAAGAUGACAAAAUGGAAGUAGACGAAAGUGCACAAGGUUCCGAAGGCGAAGCUGGACCGACGACGGCAUCAUCGAAGAAAAAGGACAUCGUAUCUUCACCUAAAUCUGGAAAAUCAGUAAAAUUGGAGAAGUUGGACACAAUACGAUUACCUACAAAUUCCAUAGAAGAGACUAGAGCUGUCGUUCCAGAUCAGGUUACAGCUCCACUGUCUUCAGCCGUGGAAAUGACAGAUGCCUCCAUUCCAGAUCCUGAGAUUCUUCCUCCAGUUGUAAGUCAACCUGUCCUCGAAACAACUCGAGAACCUACUCCACCACCUAAAGAGCCCACGCCUCCUCCGAAAGAACCGUCUCGACCACCUGAACCACCAAAGAAAGUAAGUCUAUCCGAAUAUCUCAAAAAUCAUAAGAUACGGAAAGAAUCAAAAACUCCAAUCAGCGAAGAUGCUUUUGCGAAAGCCGAUCCCAUACCCACUCCAGGUCCUUCGACAACAGUUAAAACAGCGCCAGCAAUGGGAGCUGAUACAAUCAACGAUAUACCUGGAUUCGGUAAUAUACCUUCAAGUACUUCACCUGUGAAAUCGCAAAUACCUGAAACACCAACUUUAGGUGGCAGAUUGAAUCUACUGGAACAUUUACCUUCUUCAUCAAAAUCGACUAUCGUUUUUACACCUGCUACUGAAACUCCGCGUCAAACACCGGCCACUCCAGCAGCGCCUACGAUGACGACGACUUCUAGUUAUGCACCAAGAAGUGUCAGUGCUGGAUUGACCUCCGACUAUUUCCCCACUCAGCCUAUCCCUACUGCAACUCCUUCAACUACGACGGGCUUGACUUCAACUUCGAGUUCAAACCCAUUCAUUCCCAGAAUCAGUUCAAGUUAUACGCCUCGUCAAGCUUCAGGUGUUUCAACAGAUGAAUCUGGCUAUGUGCCUAGAUCAAGUAUUUCAGAAGAAUCAUAUUCGAAUGCUAAUCUGAAUAUAAAAUCACCGAUUGAAAUGCCACCUCCGUUACCUAUGAGAGAACCACCACCUCAUACGCCGACAUCAUCAAAUACGACUCUGAAUCCAAAUCCGACCACACCAUCGAGUGCACCUAGGGCACCUCCCACCGGACCAAAAGUACCUCCAACUGGACCGAGAGGAUUGGCAGGGUUAGGAACUCCAACUGGACCUCCUGGAUCGACAGCUGCGACUAGGGGUUUCGGAGGUGAAAGGGGAAGAGGUUUCGGUAGAGGUUUAUGGAGAGGUAGAGGUGGUUUCAGAGGCGGUUGGAGGGGCAACUAA